UUUUGCUUCUUUCUUCACCAGGGAAAUGAGGAUUCUAUGGAGCCAACUCUUGGGUGCAGUAAGGAAACCAUUAAUAUAAGAAGAAGGAAGAAACAAUCUCACUGUGAUGAUCUUGCCGAUUCUUGACUUCACUUACAGAUAAGAAAGGAAAUAAGUAGUGCCAAAUAUCUGUAUUGCCGUUCAUCACGCAUAUGAAUAUUGACAUGGAGGAGAAAGCAUUUAAAUGCCUGGAGUGCGGAAAGAGUUUUACUCAAAGGGAAAAUCUAGAGCAACAUGAAAGGACUCACACUGGGGAGAAACCCUAUAAAUGCCUAGAGUGUGGACAGAGCUUCAAUCAUAAUUCACGUCUACGUUUGCAUCAAAGGACUCAUACUGGGGAGAAGCCCUAUAAAUGCCUAGAGUGUGGACAGAGCUUCAGUCAGAAUGGAAGUCUACGUGUGCAUCAAAGGAUUCACACUGGGGAGAAACCCUAUGCAUGCCUAGAGUGUGGAAAGAGCUUCAGUGAGAAUGGAAAGCUGCGUGUGCAUCAAAGGACUCACACUGGGGAGAAACCCUAUGCAUGCCUGGAGUGUGGAAAGAGCUUCAGUGAGAAUGGAAGUCUACGUGUCCAUCAAAGGACUCACACUGGAGAGAAACCUUAUAAAUGCCUUGAGUGUGGACAGAGCUUCAGUCAGAAUGGAAGUCUACGUGUGCAUCAAAGGUUUCACACUGGGGAGAAUCCCUAUGCAUGCCUAGAGUGUGGACAAAGCUUCCCUCGUAGUUCAUAUCUACGUUCGCAUCAAAGGAUUCACACUGGGGAGAAACCCUAUAAAUGCCUGGAGUGUGGAAAGAGCUUCGUUGACAGUGGACAUCUACGAAGACAUCAAAGGACUCACACUGGGGAGAAACCCUAUAAAUGUUUGGAGUGUGGACAAACCUUCACUCAGAAUUCACAUUUACAGAAGCAUCAAAGGAGUCACACUGGGGAGAAACCCUAUAAAUGCUUGGAGUGUGGACAGAGCUUCACUGAGAAUGAAAAUUUACGUUUGCAUCAAAGGACUCACACUGGGGAGAAGCCCUAUAAAUGCCUGGAGUGUGGACAGAGCUUCAGUCGUAAUUCCAGUCUAUGUUUGCAUCAAAGGACUCACACUGGGGAGAAACUCUAUGCAUGCCUGAAGUGUGGAAAGAGCUUCACUGAUAAUAGAAGUCUACAUAGACAUCAAAGAACUCACACUGGGGAGAAACCCUAUCCAUGCCUGGAGUGUGGACAGAGCUUCACUCGUAAUUCUGGUCUGCGUUUGCAUGAAAGGACUCACACUGGGGAGAAACCCUAUAAAUGCCUAGAAUGUGGACAGAGCUUCACUUGUAAUUCACGUCUAUAUGUGCAUCAAAGGAUUCACACUGGGGAGAAACCUUAUACGUGCCUGGAAUGUGGAGAGAGCUUCACUGAGAGUGGAAAUCUACGUUCGCAUCAAAGGAGUCACACUGGGGAGAAACCCUAUAAAUGCCUGGAGUGUGGACACAGCUUUAUUAAUAGUGGGAAUCUUCGUGUGCAUCAAAGAACUCACACUGGGGAGAAACCUUAUACAUGCCUUGAGUGUGGACAGAGCUUUGCUCACAAUUCAAGUCUACGUUUGCAUCAAAUGACCCACACUGGGGAGAAACCCUAUGAAUGCCUAGAAUGUGGACAGGGCUUCGCUUGUAAUUCACGUCUACAUGUGCAUCAAAGGACUCACACUGGGGAGAAACCCUAUACAUGCCUGGAGUGUGGACAGAGCUUCACUGGGAGUGGAAAUCUACGUGUGCAUCAAAGGAUCCACACUGGGGAGAAACCCUAUACAUGCCUGGAAUGUGGACAGAGCUUCACUCAGAGUGGAAAUCUACGAUCCCAUCAAAGGAUCCACACUGGGGAGAAACCCUAUACAUGCCUGGAGUGUGGAGAGAGCUUCAGUAAAAAUGCAAGUCUACGUUCUCAUCAAAGGACGCACACUGGGGAGAAACCCUAAACAUGCCUGGAGUGUGGACAGAGCUUCACUCAGAGUUCAGCUCUACAUACACAUCAACGGAUUCAUGUAGGGGAGAAAUCCUAGAAAUGCAUGGAGUGUGGACAGAGCUUCACUCAUUAUUUAGAUCUAUGUUUGCAUCAAAGGACUCACACUGGGGAGAAACCCUAUAAAUGCCUGGAAUGUUGAAAGAUCUUCACUGAUAAUUUAAGUCUACAAAGACAUCAAAGAACUCACACUGGGAAGAAACCUUAUACAUUCCUGGACUGUGGACAGAGCUUCACUUGGGUUGAAGUCUAUGUUCACAUCAAAGGAUUCACACUUUGAAAAACGCUUAUAUAUUACUGGAGUGAAGCUUUGUCUGGAGUGUGGACAGAGCAUCACUCGUAAUUCAAGUCUAUGUUCGCAUCAAAGGACCCACAAUGGGGAGAAACUCCAGAAAUGCAUGGAGCGUGGAAAGAGCUUCUCUGAGAGUUCAAAUCUACAUAGACAUAGAAUUCACAUCAGAAAGAACAGUAUUAUUUGACCCCAGAGAGACUCCCUAAAAUAGAAUUUUCCGAACUUUUCAUGUUGGUGACCGUACCCAGUUGGUGAAGCUGGGGGAUACCUGCUCGGACCCCUGGCCUUUGACCUGUGGGGUCCCACAAGAUUCUAUUCUUUCCCACAUGCUUUUUAAUAUCUACAUGAAACCUCUGGGCAAGGUCAUCCGGAAUUUUGAAGUUCGUUGUCAUCUCUAUGCAGCUGACACGCAACUCUAAUACUCCUUUCCACCAAAAUCCAAGGAAGCCUCUUGGGUCCUGGACCAGUGCCUGGCUGCUGUGAUGGGCUGGAUGAGGGCCAACAGGUUGAAAGUGAACCCUGAUAAGACAGAG